GGCACUGCUGGAAAGGGAAGCAGCUGGAUAUUCGCGAGCGGUGAACCACAAUUCCUAUCGCAUACCGGGUUCUUUCCAUUUUUUCCCAAUAGUUUUUAAAAGUUGGAUUUAGUGUUUUUGUUGACGAAUGUUAAAUCAAAACUUUACAAGCCCAGCUUUGACUUAAUUCAACUGGGAAGUUAGUAUAAAGGUUAGCUUGGUUAGUGGUAGCACCUCAGUCGCCGGACCUUUAUAAAGUAGACAUUUGGUUAAAAUGCGUCAAACUACAGCUGUCAUGUCGUUAAUAUAAGUGUAAACGUCGCUUGUGAUCAUUUAGAUGCAGAAUAAAGUCCUUAUCGGUCUUCUGUUUCCGAUGCUAGCAUCUAAAGAUGACUGGCUCUUUAAAAACUGUUAGAGCUCGGGUAUGAACCGUCAGGACGAGUUUUCCUUCUGAACUUCUUGUUCGCCAAGCAUAUUUUCAAACCACACGCUCAUGUAUGGGUUAGUGAAGAAUGAAUGAACGCUUUCGAAUCGGGAAAUGGUACCUUCUCUCACCAGAGACUGUCAAAUCCGUUGUUAGCUGACCAUCAACUACUGGGCAGAAGUCUGACAGAAGCUAGCACUGCGGCUGCGCUCAUCCAUAUACUGUAGUAUCGCUCGGCUUUUUCUGCUUUAUGGCUGCUGUGAGCGGUGGAAACGCGCUGGGAGGGAUGGCGGGGGGACCCAGCAUGCCUGCAGUGUCCACCGUCAACUCUUCGGCACCUUCCAGUCCAUCGCCAGGUACUAAAACGCGGGGCUGCAAGAACGGCGCCCUGAUGGACUCCUUUGGGAUUUUCCUGCAAGGUCUUCUGGCUGUGAUGGCUUUCAGCAUCCUGAUGUUGAAGCGCUUCAGAGAGCCUAAACAUGAGCGGAGACCAUGGAGGAUCUGGUUUUUGGACACCUCCAAGCAAGCAAUUGGAAUGCUCUUCAUUCAUUUUGCCAAUGUCUACUUGUCGGACCUCACAGAAGAGGAUCCAUGCUCAUUAUACCUCAUUAACUUCUUACUAGAUGCCUCCCUGGGCAUGUUGGUGAUCUAUGCAGGAGUGAGAGUUGUAAGCGCUAUUGUUGAGUGGAGACAAUGGGAUUCUCUUCGUUUUGGAGAAUACGGAGAGCCAGUGCAGUGCUCUGCAUGGUUGGGUCAGUGUAUUCUCUACAUCCUCAUCAUGAUGUUUGAGAAGGUCCUCAUCAUGUUGGUUCUGCUCAUCCCCCAGUGGAAAACGCUGGCUCUACUUAACUUCAUUCACAAUCCUGAGCUGGAGCUGGCAAUAGUAAUGCUCAUUGUUCCAUUCUUUGUCAAUGCCCUCAUGUUUUGGGUAGUUGAUAACUUUCUUAUGAAAAAGCAUAGGACAAAAGCAAAACUUGAAGAGAGAGAAGAGGACUCUCGUGGGAGCAGUAAAGUACGCUACAGACGAGCACUGUCCCACGAUGACUCUGAGUCGGAGAUCCUCUUCUCUGCAGACGAUGAAAUGGAUGAGUCGGACGAAGAUGAUGUCCGUCGACUCACUGGCAUGAAGACAGUGAAGAAGAAAAAGCUUCGCAUGGGAAUCCCAGUCUGACCCACAUGCCUUGUUUUGCAGCUAUAAUGGGUUUUCUCUGGUAGCUUUUCACCUUCCAGGUCCCCAGACAUUCCCUGUACUUCCUCCACCCAGCGUGAGAUCAGCCUCUGUUCCUGUCUUUCAAAAUUUUUACUGUAUUUAAAUUAUUUUUUUCCCCCAAGAUUCCUGCACUCACUGUGCAGAAAAAAACUGACUGUAUCUAAGCCAUGUCUGAACAAGGUCAUUAAAGUGUCUUUUUGUACUUUAUUAUGAUAUUUGGAUCCCUGCUACAUGUCAGCGUGACAAAACAUGGCACCUGUAUCAAGUCAGUUACAUGAAUUAUUUUUUCCUCAUGAGAACCAAAUAUCAUAGUAAACUCUGUCUAGUGUGUUGAUUAUAAUUGCUUCAAAAACAUUGUAGGAGUUCCUGUAUUCCUAGCAUAAAUAAUCUAAGCUUUGUCUGAUCUCUUGCGUAGGUGUCCCACCAUGUGAUAUGUGUACAAGAGGGCAGGCGUGCAUUUACACCUCCCCCUCCAUUUCUAGAGAAGCAUUUUGUCAGUGUCUGAACACUGCAGCACAGUUACACUCUUUACUACUGUAGAUCUCUUUUGAAACGUUACUUUUGAUAAAGGAAGCACAUUCAUUUUUACAGCAGCCUUCCAUUUCUGUCUUCUAACAAACCUCACACGUGUCAUUUCUAAGAUUGGGACUGCAAAUGUCAUGCUGCUACAUUAGCUCCAUGAAGCAGCAGAAUGCAGAUGCAUCAGUUAUCAAAACGGGACCGGAGAAUGAUGCUACUGGAUUUAAUGUUGGUUCAAUUGGUGUUUGUUGUUUGAGGCGGUUUGACUCAUUUGUUCUCUUUGUAAUAUUUUUUCUUGUUUUUUGAUGUGUUUUGUUUUUUUGUUAUCAAUGUUUUUGUAAGCCAAGAAGGUGACUAUGCUUGUCCCCAAAGUGUUCUUCAUUCCUUCACUCCAAUAGAGAGAGCUGAUAUGGAAACUAUUUUCUUGCACAAUCCCAACUUACAUCA